AUGACCCGAACAAGAAAUGUACCAUCGAAGUCAUACGAGGCGUGCGAGGACAAGCGGUCGGAGCAGAGAUUGUUGCACAAAUGGACCCGCUACUCCAGUGCCAAACUCGAAGAAGUGGAAGAAACGCUGCUGUCAGCUUUACGAAAGCCCUUUGAAAGUAUCUUCGUCGAAGUAGGUCAGUGUGUCGGGACAAACGAUAAGAUUCGGACGGUGGCACUGAACCGGGAGUCCGAAAACAUUCCCGUCCUGUUGCUGCACGGUCUCGGGGCCGGUGUUGGACUGUGGGUGCUAAAUCUGGAUGCGAUUGCAGACCAUCGGCCAAUGUAUGCCAUCGAUAUACUGGGCUUUGGUCGAAGCUCCCACCCGAAGUAUGAUGCCGAUCCGAUCGCAGCGGAACGACAAUUUGUCGCAUCGAUCGAAGCUUGGCGUGUGGCGAUGGGUUUGGAGCGCAUGUAUAUCCUGGGUCAUUCGAUGGGUGGUUACCUGGCCUGCAGUUACGCCAUCACACAUCCACAGCGAGUGGCCGGUUUGAUUUUAGCCGAUCCAUGGGGCUUCAUGGAAACACCACCGAGAAUUAAGCGAAAGUAUUGGAUAAGGAUCCUCUAUCGGACGGCACGGAAGAUGAAUUUUUACCCAUUGACGGUCGUACGUAUGGCCGGUCCGACCGCGGCUUGGCUUUUGAGUCGUCGGCGGACAGAUAUUACUUCGCGGUUCGAAGGAAUCGUACCGGACGAACGGAUUGUUGCGGACUAUCUGCAUCUCGUCAAUGCUCAGAAACCUUCCGGUGAAAGUGGUUUCUGUGCGAUACAGAAAAACUUUGGUUGGCCCAUUAAUCCGAUGUUGAAGCGAAUCGACCAAAUCGAUCCCACCAUACCCAUGACAUUCAUUUACGGAUCCGAAUCUUGGAUCGACUUUGAAGCAGGUGAAGUGACGAAGGAAAAGCGUGCCGGCUGUUUCGUCCAGGUCAAGAUAAUCGAUAAUGCUAGUCAUCAUUUGUAUGCGGACUUUCCGGAUAUAUUUAACCAGCAUGUCAACGAAGCUUGCUUCACGUACGACAAACGUAUCAACGCACAAAGCAAAGUGACCGAGCUUGUGGCGGAGGAGUGA